AAGCUCCUCUACGCCGCUGCCUAGAGCAGCAGCAGCAUCAGCAGCAGCCACCUCAGCUACUACUCCCGCUCAAACACAACCAGCAUCAGCCAUGCCCGCUCUCGUUUCCCUCGACCAUUUCCGAUCCCGCGUCUAUCGGCAACGGCUAGCACUCGUACUGCUUCUCCUCGCCCUCGGCUUCAACGACUAUCGUGAUAGCAUACGUGCACGGACGCCAUCAUCUUCCUCAUCUAGCGCUCGUGAUGCAGUCACCUCGGCAUACUCCAAUGGCAAGAGUACGCUGCUCGACUUCGGUACGCAGAUCAUCUCCUCAUCGUCGUUCUCGUCGCCAGCAGGCACUUGGUCAGAGAGGCUGCGCGAUGUCCUGCCAGAUUCUUUGCGAGGUGAAGGCGAGAGCUCAAAUGUAGGGUCGCAAGCGUCUUCAUCGGAUGGACCCGAUGCACUCAUCUGGAAGCCAUCAAGCUUCAUCGCUGUUCUCGUCGAGAACAAGGGUGCAGACAAUGGCAGUAGCAAGGUGCCGACCCUCUCGAGCGCUCUUUCGCCCAAGACGCUUCUACUUCCGACCAUCUUCCCGACGCUCGUUCAGCUGCAUGGCCUCUGGCUUGUCAGGCUCUUUGCUGGUGAGAUCGAAGGUCGAUCGAGCGGCAAGAGCAAACGCGUAGCCUUCUGGCCAACACUUGUCGCUGGAAUUGUUCUUCUCGCAACGACGGUUGCAGUUGUUGCUCCUACCACGGCUGCGUCACUGCACGGCCUAGCACGGCAAUGGUCAGGUCAGAACGCUGACAGACCUCGUCCGCCGACGACGUUCCCCUCUCUCAUUAUCCUCCUCGUGGAGGCGGUGCCAACACUACUUUCCUUGCUCCCGCUGGCGCUGCUUCUCUUUCCUUCACGCUUCCCGACGAAGGUCAAUGUCCCCUCCCCCUCGCAUUCACCCUCUUUACUCGAAGCAGUCCCUCUCUGGAUUCGAGCGCCAUUCAUGCCGUCAGAGAGGGCAAGAGCCCGAAAUGCAGCCAUCGCCUCUGGCCGCAGUCGAAGGCACGGAGCCUUUGGAAGACUACCUCCGCACCUGUCACUCUCCCCUGACGAGGCAAACGUAGGGAACCCCGGUCUCUCCUCGCACGAUACCGUCAGUGAAAGCUAUAGCAUCGAUAGCCCGGUUUCUGCCGUAUCAGCAGACGUACCGGCCACCGACUCCACAUUAGCACCCGCUGCCACAUCAUCGCACGACGACGCCUCCCCUUCACCAUCCGUGCGCACCUCGAUGGCCCUGGCAGCGGAGGCCUCAGGCCUCGACAGUCGGGGCAUCGACUCUACCACCUCACCUGAGGGGCGUCGUCUGCUUCGCCUGCAACAAGAGAUGCUUGACGAGCUCGAAACGGCGGGCAAGCUGGGCUCGACUCACGCGCGCUCCCUUCACAAGGCGACGUCAGUGGCAGGCAAGGCCAGUCUGAGGCGGGACAAUCAGGUGGUUAGCCUGCCUUCGCUCUAUCUCGCCUCGUUGGCGCUGAUGGUAGGCUCCUCGCUCAGCCUCAUCGUGGGCUACGCCGUGGUGACCAUGCGGCUUCCGACCAUCUCUCCCACCAGUUUGCCAGCUGUCAUUGCGCUACUGGCGCUACGGGCCGAGAUUGGGCUCCUGGCAAAGAGCUGGAAUGUCGAGCGAAGAAAGAUGGAGGGCCUGGAAUUUGUGAGACGGAGAUGGGGCCGGACCACUGCAAGGAGAACGAGCGAAGAGGAGCGCGAUGACAAAGCGGCAGCGGCGGCAUUGGGAUCUACCGCGUUCUGUUCCGGUCACGAUCACGACGAAUGUGCCGAGGACGGAUGGUGCGCCAUCUGCUUCGAGCCUAUCGAAUGGGCGAACGAAGACGAAGACGGGGUGCGUCUGGACUGCCAGCAUGAGCUGCACGCCCCCUGUCUCGUGCCCUGGCUUAUGUCGCAGGCCUUUUGCCCUGUGUGUCAUCGAGCGCUGCGACCGGGGAGGACGACAUCGUCGGCGGGCAACAGUAGGAGGGGCACGACGAGGAGGAGAAGCAGGAGGGAUAGGCAUGGAGCAGGGGAGGAAAGCUCCGAGGCUUCGAGUAGCUCGACAGAAGCGCGGAGGGCGGGGCCGACGAUUGCCCCAUUCAACACUUCGACAUAUUAGAUUGCAUCUUUCCUCGGAUCUGUACAUAAUCUCUUUCUGCCCUCAUGUGCUUAUAAACAAUGUACCAUUGCUACCUAUGCAGCCUCAUGAGCGUAUUGCCUUGCCCGAUCUCUCUCGCGCUCACCGGCGGACUGGCGGCGUUGACUCGGAUCGAGGCGCUUUUCCGUCUCGGGGCGAGAUAAGGCUCGUUGUGACCCCGCAA